UCGCCACUUCCAGGCCACUCGGUCCCCGUCGCCACCCGAUUCUCCUCCGCCUGGCACCUCCAUGACUGCAUUUUGCUUUCUGGGAGAUUUCCGGCCUAAUUGGCAGUUUUUGCGGUAGCUUUUACCCAAUUCUUGCCCGGUUUUGGACACACUUGGCACUCAUUUUCUCAUGCGGUGGGGAAGUUUCCAGAGACUGGUGUGUUGGGUUUGCGAGAGGAGCUGGGAGCUUGCGACGGGCUGAUUGCAGUGGGGGAGUGGAAGAUCUCUCGCGGGAAACUGGACAGGGUUUGAGUGAUUCAAUUUCGUUGGAGCAAUUCUCAGGGAUUGAUUCUGAGCGGGAGCCGUGGUGUGAGGUUUGUAAAGGAGGGGGUGGUUGGAGUUGAUCGUUCAGGCUGAGGUUGGCACGAGCGUGUUGUUCUUAAGGAUUUGGCUGCAAUCUGUGGCGAAGGGUGUAUCUGCCAGGGUCCGCAGACAUGGCGAUGGCACCUAAAACGAUUCGUAAAGCAGUGCGUGGUCUGAAGGACACGAACAGCAUUGUUAUUGCUAAGGUUGGGGUGAGCGGCACAAAAGCCCCUGAACUCGACGUUGCACUCGUGAAGGCGACGAGUCACGAUGAUUACUUUGACGAGAAGUAUGUCCAAGAUAUUUUUAACCUAACAUCGAAUUCCCGUGGCUACGUGAAUGCAUGCGCCAGGAAACUGGCCAAGAGGUUAGCCAAGACUCGCGAUUGGAAUGUGGCAUUGAAAGGCCUCAUGCUCACUCAUCGUCUUCUCCGGGAUGGUGACCCGAGCUUCGAAGACGAGCUGAUACAUGCGUCUCAGCAUGGCCAUCGCAUUCUCAAUCUCUCAGAUUUUCGGGAUGAAACACAUUCAAAUGCCUGGGAUUACUCCGCUUUUGUUCGAAGCUACGGUUUGUUCCUAGACGAGCGGUUGGAUUCCUCGAUACAAGUCUCAGGGAAGAGGCACAACCGGCGGGGUAGAGGGGAGAUGCGAGGGAGGAGAAGAUCCGCUUACAGCAAAUCUCCCGUGAGGUCGAGAUAUGGAGGUUCCCCAAGUCGGAGCUCUCGUUCUCGCUACGGCGGCUCGCCUGAUUCUCAAGGGUAUGUUUACAGUGAUGACCGGCGUCACAGCAAUUAUGAUGGUGGAUUGUCACCCCGGUACAAGCAAAAAUCUGGACGGAGAGAUGAUUUUGACGAGAAUGAAGAAAACAAUGACGAUGAUGAUGUGCCAGUCAAGGAGAUGACUUACAAUCAGGUGCUGGUGAAACUUCCUGCUAUGCAGAGAUUAAUGGGACGUGUGCUAAGAUGCAGACCCGCAGGCGCCGCAAAGACAAACCGCUUAAUCAACCAAGCUCUGUACCUCGUUAUCACUGAAAGCAUUCAGCUCUACAGGGAUUUGUCUGAUGGUUGCGCUGUUCUUCUGGAAGCUUUCUUCGACAUGGAGCAGAAAGAUAGGGCUAAAGCCUUCGAAAUCUAUUACACCUUUGCCAAACAAGGCGACGAGCUAUACGAGCUACACAAGCAGUGCAAGUAUCACGGCGUUGGUCGGUCUUCUGAAUACAUCGACAUUGAGCCUGUGGCGAUGGAGCAGCUCGCGAGUCUAGAAGAGUACCUAAGGUCCAAUGCGCCGGACCGAAACAGAAGUAAAAGUCCCCAGCCUGCGCCUCUGCAACUCGAGUACAAACCUGAAACCCCUGAGCCGGCACCGGAGCCUGAAGCUCGCCCAGCUUCUCCUUCUCCACCUCCAGUGCAAGAGGCUCCUGCUGUUGUCGCCGAACCGCAGCCAGCGCCGACACCAUCUCCAGAACCUGUUGGAGAUUUACUGGACCUCGACAAAGCAACAAUCUCUGCCGAAGACCAAAGCAACAAAUUCGCUUUGGCACUGUUUUCGACGUCCUCAACCGCAACUACUACGGACACCUGGGAGAGUUUUGACAACUCCAAAGAUCAUCAAAGUGCUCUUCAAAAAUUCGACGCCGCGGAGUCUGGCAAAGCGGGAUGGGAGCUUGCCUUGGUAGCGUCUGCGAGCGACAUCUCAAAGCCCCUUCCUCCCAACCGUCCCAUGGCCGGUGGGUUCGACCCCUUGCUCUUGGACAGCAUGUACAGCCACGGGGAGGUUAUCCAGAAACAGGCAGCCAGCGCUGUUCCGUCAGGAAGCGCAAGCAGCGUCGCCAUUCCGAACCGACCUCAGUCGUCCUUCUUGGCGUUACCUGCUCCUCCUGGAGGAAUGCCAUUACCGGUUAACGGGGAGGAUCCAUUCUCUGCCUCCACCAUGAUUCCCCCACCUCCGUAUGUGCAGAUGGCAGACUUGACUACAAAGCAAGAGCUGCUCACUCAGGAGCAGAUCAUGUGGCAACGCUACCAGAUGGAAGGGAUGCGUGGCGAGGCCAGCUUCAUGAAACUGUUCAGCAAUCCAUACGCUGCAAUGCCUGCCCCGAAUCCUACGAUGUACCAAAAUCCUUAUCAGGUCGGCAUGCCCGUCGGAACCUAUCAAUUCCGGUGAUGAGUUGAAUUGCAGCUGCGGCAACUAGUAAAUUUUGCCACUGACCGACGUAUUAUUCUCGUAUUCAUUUACCUGUACAUUGUGAAGAACGAUUUAGCUCACUCUUGCUCCUUGGAGCCUGUAGGCACUAUUCUUUUAUAGUAGGAAUGAUGUUUGAUUGCGUGUUGGAAGCGGAAAGACGGUUUCUGUGCUCCCCUUCAUUGCCCUUAGAUUUUUUGAAGGACUUGCAAUGGUUUUUUGUGUUGGUUCCAUUGUCCGUCACGGUGCAAUCGAUUUCAACUUGGCACCGUGGCGGGGUAAAUCUCUCAGAAAAAAACGAUGGAAUGAUUACCCAGCUACCAAUUCAGCUUUGUUUCCAGAA